CAUGUUCUAGCGUAAUUAUAUUGAAUUAGAAAUGAAGCCACAACCUGCCACGAAGGAUGCCGCCAAGGGCAAAGGAAAAACUCCAGCAAAGUCGAAGAAAACUCCUGCUAAGGGGGGAGCUUCCACCGGAGAAAAUGAAAAGUCCACUGCGCUUCCGCCAAUGAACUCCAAGAAGGUGGCCAAAGCCCCGACUGCCGCAUUGCGUAAACUGAGUUUGGGCACAAAUGAACCAGCGAAGCCGGCUGGGAAGAAGUUGGUGCCUCACUCGUCGUCGGCUUCUUCGGCCACUGUGGUGUCCAACAAGAAAGUGAAGGCUGAAGCUCCCGCGGCUCGCAAGAGGGAAGAUACCUCGAAAACCGAGGCUCUGGCUGCCAAGAAACCUAAAGCUACUGCAGCUCCAAAGCCCAAAGCGGGUACCGCAGUGAAGAAGGAGACUGCUCCGGCUACUAAAGUUGCAGCCCCAAUCAAGCCGAAGACCAAGCUUAACUCCAAGAAGUUGGCGCUACGCGGAAAAAGUGCUGCCAAGAAAAAGGUCUGGCAACGGUUCGAGAUCGAUUGCUCGUGCGUGGUCGAGGAUCAGAUUCUGGACCUUGCCGACUUCGAGAAGUACAUCAAGACCCACACCAAGGUGAACAAGAAGAUCAACAACCUGGGCGACAUGGUGACCUUAGAGCGUUCCAAGCAAACUUCUUUGAUCAUCAACAGCAGCGUUCAUUUCUCCAAGCGUUAUUUUAAAUACCUAUCGAAGCGCUACCUGAAGAAGAAUAGCCUUCGCGACUGGGUGCGUGUUGUUUCCAGUGGUAAGGACUCCUUCACCAUGUGCUACUUCAAGAUCCAGAGCCAGGAGGACGACGAUGAAGAAGUGGUGGACAAUAAGACCUAGACCCCAACA